AUAUUCUGAUCACUUAAGACAUUGAACAGCUGAUUGUGAAAGGUAAACAUGGACCCUCUGGUAAAACUUCCUCCAGAAAUUCUCGAGAAAAUUCUUUCUUUUCUUGAUUCUCGAGACCUCUGUUCGUUUGUUCUUGUCAACAAGCGAUGUCUUGAGAUUGGUUCGCGGCCAUAUCUAUGGAAAAAUACUAGAAUCAGCAAGAGAAUGGUCAUUAGAAGAGGUAUUCCAAACCUUCUGAUAAUUGACAGAUACGCGAAGCUUCCUGCCCUGGACUUAUCAAACCUUUGGUACCAUGAGAAGGAAUGGAAUGUACUUUUUCUUGACGUACUCAGCUCACCUAAGUUGGACUCCUUGGAUAUAUCCUCCCCACAAUCCUUCAGCAAACUAGAUCCAGAACUUUGUUCAGAAUCAUUGUCUACGAUCAGGAAUUUAAACAUAUCAAAUGCAAAACUUCCUCCACCGCUCUUCAACAAGCUUCUCAAGAAAAUACUAAACAAACAAAUCACCAAGGAGAUUAAUAUCAGUAAAACCGAUCUUACAGAGGUUCCAAUGGAGUUGUUUACUGAUAUUGUAACAAGCUUAGAUACAAUAGAUCUUAGACAAUCAAACCUUACUCCAAGGCAACUCAGGUUUCUGGUGGAACAUGACGGAAAGAUGGCUAAAAUAACCUUGAGAGUGGAUGGUGGGGAUGUGUUUGAUGGGUUGGGAGUUUGCAACGAUGUACCAAUCCUUCAUAUUUUUCAAGGAUUGUUUGAUAGAUUGUACAAGCUUGAGUUGAACCUUCUGGACUUCUCUGGGGUUGGAACAGAGUACUGGUCAGCUGUUUUCAGAAGUAUGCCGGAUAGUCUUGAGUCCCUGACUCUUGGUGGAAUGGGGCUUGAUCUAGCUGAUGUACCUGUGGAUAUUGUAUCCAAUGCUUUAUCCCGGAGAAAGGAAUUAGAUCUUUCUGGAAUAGUUCUCUCUCCUUCUCAUUGGGACCAGUUCUUUUUAAAGAUGAAUGUUGGAAGAUUGAUUGAUCUAAAGUUAAAAAUGAUAAAUAUAUCGGACCUGAAAGCAGAAACUAUCAGCUCUGCGUUUUCAAAUCUCAGGAGUUUAUCCCUGAACUACGUUUGUUUGAGCACUGAUCAGUGGAAUCAUCUAUUCAUCAAUUCAUUCCCAUCCAUCCAUCAUCUUACUGUGAAUAAUGUCAACCUCUCAAACAUACAGGAUACCUCUUGGGAAAGUACUGUACGCCGAGUAGAGACUCUAAACCUUGCAUUCACUAAUCUCACAGAUUCACAGUCAUCUCGGAUACUCAGCUCAGCUUUACUCAACUCUACCCUGAGAACACUGAACCUAGCAGGAAAUAUAUUGCGAGAUGUACCUGCUGACCUACUGGCUAAUACAGCUACUGGUAUUCACACUGUUAACUUGGCAGCUGCUAAACUAGUUGAUAAACAGGUAGAUGUUAUUAAACUAGUUGAUAAACAGGUUGUUGCCUUGCUUUCCCGAGUACUUGGCUCCUGUAAACUUCGAGACUUGAAUGUGGAGGGAUGUAAUCUUGCUCAGGUUCCCUCAACAAUCCUGGCUCUAGCUCUCUCCAGGCUCAGAAGCGUGAACUUGGGAAACUGUUUUCUGAGCAGAGAACAGUUAAAGGAACUAUCAGGGCAGAUAGAACACAACUAUACUACACUAGAGUAUAUUUCAGUAUCCAGAAUGACGAUGGUUUCCUGUCAGAUGACCGGCUCAGAGAUAAACACCCUCUCCUCCAACCUUUACUUUGAUAUAAAACACUAGAAACUAGAUAUGCAGCCCACUCUGCUAAUAUAACCUUUAAUUCAAUAUUAAACACUAGAAACUAUAUUUUCAGCCCACUGUGCUCCUUCAACCUUCACUUCAACAUUAAACACUAGAAACUAUAGUUUCAGCCCACUGUGCUCCUCCAUCCUUUACUUCAAUAUUAAACACUAGAAACUAUAAAUUUAGCCCACUGUGCUCCUCCAACCUUUACUUCAAUAUUAAACACUAGAAAGUAUAUUUUCAGCCCACUUUGCUCCUCCAACCUUUACUUCAAUAUUAAACACUAGAAACUUGAUAUGUAGCCCACUGUGCUCUUCCAACCUUUACUUCAAUAUUAAACACUAGAAACUAUAUUUUCAGUCCACUGUGCUCCUUCAACAUUUACUUCAAUAUUAAACACUAGAAACUAUAUUUUCAGCCCAAUGUACUCCUCCAACCUUUACUUCAAUAUAAAACACUAGAAACAAUAAUUUCAGCCCACUGUGCCCUCCAACCUUUUAUUUCAAUAAUAAGCACUAAUAACUAUUUAUUAAGCUCACUGUGACCAUCUAACCUUUACUUUGUAUCUUACACUGGACACUUUUUAUUUAGCCCGCUGUGCUCAGUGUAGGGAUACAUUCAUUCAAAUUGAAUCAGAGAAAUUUGAUCAUAUUAAAAGAUGAAUUUUGAA